GGAUGUGGGUGGUGCUGGGGCAGGGAGGACAUUUACAUUUAGGGAGACGCAACUUUACGGGGCCAGAGUUCAGGGAGCACCAGACCCUAGGGGCGCCUCCCAGGCUAUCUGUAUGUAACCUGCCACCUUCGCUUCUGGAACUGGCAUGCUCCUCUUAGCUGCCCAAGAAGAGGGAGAACGCAGAUGCUCAACCAAGUAAAGGGACCCUCCUCUUCUAAUCAAAUACCAAAAUCUGGCAAAUGGCUCCUUCGCCCUUCUCCCUGCCAGUAUUCUGAGGUCUGGGACACUUGGUGGACACACUGGGCUAGACAGAUGCUCACAGCCUAGGGAUCCAAGCAGCACCUCUGUGUCAGAGAGGCAGGUCCUGAGUUCACAAGGCUUCUAAACUAAGAAGGGAAACAGCAGUUACUAUCCUCAUUCAUACUCCAUUCCCGUUUCCACUGCCCUCCAAACAAGUAGCCCCACAGAAACCAGGUACAAGAAGGUGGCAUCUGGCUACAGGACCACUGUGAGAGGGUUCAAAUGGGAGCCCAAAAGAGGAGAUUCAGAGUACAAAAAAGCUCACACCCUGCUCCGGUUCCUGAGCCCCCAGGUGGAGGUGCUGGACCCAGGGCCCAGAGUCAAGCCUUGGCACCUCCCAGUCACCUCAGGCAAGAGCCCUGAAGCGACUGGGAGGGAUUUCAAGGUCCUCCUAGAGCGGCUGAAAGGCACAGCAGGAGGUUAUGGAGAGGCACCAAACCAGAUCUCAACCCUGCCAGUGACAAUUAGGGGAGGGCCAGAAGAGGAGCAUUGUGUGCCUGCUCUCACUAGCUCUUGCUCUCUGGUUUGCUACCUCCCACCCUACCCCAUGUUUAUCCCAAUGACUCUGCUUCACCUGGGCCCUGGAGGCACCACUGUGGGCUUUCUGAGAACUCUGAACUGUUCUGCCAAUUUGGCUGUAGGUUACAAUUUAAUGGCUCUGCUUGGCCCUUUACUGCUCUCCCUGUGUGCAUGCUCCAGUCACCUUUGGCAGAGGUGGUGGCUGAGAAUUCUGGGGAUUUUGCAGGGUCAAGGUCACUCUCAACUCAUGUGGGGGUAACAGUAACAGCAAUAAGUACUCUGUCUGCUUCCCAUCUCUUCCAGUCCUCUUUGUGACUUGGGAGGCAAUGCUCUCCUCAGCAAAUUUUGGGGUGUGGGGAAGUUGGUUGGUCUGUCUGGUGCCCUGGCCACUGGUGCCAGCACAUUUCCCCUUUCUGAACUAAGGGCCAUGUGACCACCUGUUUGCUCAACCCCGGAUGCUCUGCACAGGCCAUCUACAGGAAGCCAAGACUACAGAAGUCUGGGAGGAAGUAUCAUGCCUGUUGAGAGUGCCAGCCUGAGCUCUGGCUCCAAUCGGGCAGGUGGAACUUUUCAGGCAAUCCUGUCCCAAGCUCCUGGUCCUAAAGAGCUCUCAGCAAAAUGAGGGAUCUUGGACCCUAGUCCUCAGCAGCUGGCCUGAUAGGACCCCACCAGGAGGACUUUGAUGUUGCCUAGGCUUUUUCUGAUCUCUCAUCGCCAUCAGGAAGCUAGAGACACUUCUCAUUUGGAAGGUGUGGGUCUAACUGGCUUCCUGCUUCUAACUAGUUUCUAGCAAUAACAGGGCUGGGCAACCAUAGGUGCACCUAGGGAAGAGUAGCAUAUUGGGUGGGUCUCUCUUGAACACAAGUGACUCUGCUGCUUUAGUCACAUAAAGGAAUAAAGCUCCUCUUGAAAGACACCUUUGGAUUGUGUGGGUGAGUUAGUGUUGCUCCCGUGCUCCUGCUGUGAUCCUUGUGCCUCCAGUCAGCUGAAACAAGCCACCUAUACUGCAUAUAGAGUCCUCACCGAGGAGUGGGCUUCCACAAGUGGGACAGCACUUUAGGGCAAGCAGGACACUUUCCAGGGCAGCAUUAAUGCUUGACUGGUCCCCUUUGUUUUCAAUAAUCCAGUAGCAGUGUUUGCUCAGGACACUGUCCUAACAAGAAAAGAAAGCAGAAUUGGGAGGUGGGGGUUGCUGUGUUCUGGGCUCUUACUGGGAAGAGUUCUGUCAAAUCCAAGAACAGACUCUUGAGGAGAUAGGAGGGAAGACUCAGAAACCCAGCUCCUGGAGGCCUGAGAAGGAGCCAAGCUACACUCUGCCAUGUACAUGUGGCACCAGCUAAUGGGGGCAAAACCUUUCUUGAACCAACUGCUGGCAGUUUCCCCAACUAAUAAGCUUCAGACCCACUGAAUUCACAUGGAGUCUUGCCAGAUGAUGACCCCCUCCUGCCUGCUAGCCUAUCCAUGCCUUGUCUUCUCUAUGAAAAGAAGUAGUAUCUGGGGAUCCCAGCCUGAGAGUAGCUUGAGCUCUGAGUCUUUCCCCUCAACCAGCAGGGAACUUGUUGACAUCAUAUUGGGUAAGCUCCCAGCUUGCUGCCCUCCUCAGUGCCUGGGGUCCCCAGAUAGGUGGCAGAGGACUCAGUCCUUCUUGAACCUACUCAAGCAAUUCCUUCCUGACUCUGGGGUUCAGAGGUUCCUUGCCACACAGUGGACACCACGUUGGCCAUUACUAGAGCAGACCUCAGAAGUAUCCACCUCCCCUGACCUCUCUGGAAGAUGCUUGGCACUCUAGUCUGGGGACUGCUGCUGGUCCCCAGGACACCACACAUCUUUUGGGGAGUACAGGGUAUAAUGCCCCCAGGAGCCCAUCUCACCUGAUACCUGUCUCACUGUUACCCUUCCUCUACUCUUUGAGGCCCAUCUACCUUCUUCUCCUGCUAGACACUGAUCACACAAUUUGGGCUCCUGGCUUGUGGCUCUAAGUCUUCUCUCUGCCGUUUUAUUUUGACUUUGCUGCUCCCAUGGGCUGUCCAUUCUGCCUCCUGGCCCUCACCUGUGACUCUGUCCAGCACUUACCCUCUGGGGUUCUGAACCCAGCCCAGCUGCAACCUUGGGUCCCCCAAACCUAGUGCUCUAGCUAGAUAUCUGCUAGUUUGUCUCUUCCCUGCUCUGUCUGUUUCUAUGUUGAGGGGGUGACCAGUGUCAGUCACCUGCCUCGAGACUCUAGCCUACUUCCAAAGGAUUUGUGUCCAGUUAUGCCACCCUCCUGUCUGCCCCCUCCCAGAAAAGAUGUCCUCUCUCAAGCCCUUCCUCUUUCUUCUGUAUUGAGCACCCACUUCCCUAGACCUCAAACCCAUUUCAUAUUUUAAAAAUCUGAACGGUAGUUUUCUUCUAGAAUCCUUGUGAGGAUAGUUAUGCAGAAUCCCCAAACAUCCUAACCCACAUUCUCCAUUGCUGUCCUAGAUGGAUGGUAUGCUCAUCACUAUUUGUGAGUCAUUGUGGAUAUUCUAGUGGCUGAUGACUGACUGACCAGUGAUGUGUAGAAUAUUCAUGUUGAUAUUUGCUGUGCAGGGUGUCUUUAAGAGGAGGGUCCCAUGGGCCAAGGGCCAUUCUCCACUGUCCUGCUUUGGCAGAAUCAGGCCAAGUUUGCCUACUCAAACAAUAAACUCUUACAAAAAAGAAUCUGCUUGCCAGGUGACCACACACAGAGACAGGAAAGCAAGUCUCAAAUCCACCUCCCACUAGUGACAGUGAUUGAGUACUUGCCUAGCAAGAGUGAGAUCUUAGGUUUGAUUUCCACCUUUAGAAAGAAAAAAAAAAAAAGGAAUCAGAUCUCUCUCCCCAGUAGAGAGCUGGGGUCUUUACAGGCUGAGAUGAGGGAAAUAAUGUGGACCUUAGAUCUAUGCGUGUGUGAUCAAACUCACGAACAGUACCCAGACCUGCAUGUCUGUCAUCACCAUCUCUCAUAAAACUGAUGAUAUCCAAAUUCACUGAAGAGCAAAAAGACAGAGCAGAUGAGGCUGGUCAUGUCUGGAGGGCAUAUCGUAUUUCCUGUUUCACUAUCAGAUCCCUCCUGUCAGCAGAAUUCUCUGGGUGGAUAUUAAUCCAAAACUUGAAUGUUUAAGAAGCUAGCAGCAGCUGUGAGGUGGUGGCACAUGCUUUAAUCCCAGCGCUCGGGAGGCAGAGGCAGGUGGAUCUCUGUGAUUUCGAUGCCAGCCUGGUCUACAGAGUGAGUUCAAGAACAGGCUCCAAAGCUACACAGAAAAACCCUGUCUCGAAAAAACAAAAACAAAAACAAAAAAAAAAAAAGAAGAAGAAGAAGAAGCAGUUAAGCAGCAGCAGAUAGCAGCACACACCUUUAAAAACACGACAGGAGGAUCUCUGUGAGUUGAGGCCAGCCUGGUCUACAUAGUGAGCUCUGGAACAAAAUAGAGAGACCUUGUCUUAAAAAAAGAGAAGCAGCAGCAGCAAGCUAGUUAGUAGCUUAUACCUGUAGGUCUAGCACUCAGAAGGCUGAAGCAAGGGGAUUGCUUUGAGUCUGAAGUCACCCUAAGCUUCAUCAUUCUAGGCUAGUCGGCACAGUAAGAUGGAGGCGGGGCAGGGAGAGAGAGAGAGCACUUUGCUUGCUACCCUUCCAUCUAGCUAAGCCCACCAGCCUACCAUGUGACCUUAAAUAUACCAGGAAGUUAAUUAUCUUCAAAGCUCUUCUCAGGAAGCAUGAACCUGGCCCCCAUAAUUGGGCCACAUAUCUCACUCUAAGAGAUCCUUUCUUAGUUGGAAGCCUAGUCAGGGUCUGUUCCUCCUCUGAGACUAUUUGUCUUCCCACUGUCUGAUGUACAACAAACCCCACACAAGUAGGAGCCCUGAGCUCCCAGUUGCACUGCUGUGUGGGAUCUCACUGCCCAUCAACCUUGCUUUGCCCGAAUUCCUCCUGGGUAAAUUAUCCCCACAGUUCUAGAUCCUCUCCUGACUGCCUCCCUUUCUGGGAAGGAUCAAGAGCUUUCCUGGGAACCUUUGAGGGCUGACUGUACUGGGAGCCUUCUGCUCCCCCUGAACCUUGCCUUCUUUGGGUUCCCCUACUUAGCACAUUGCUCUGAAGGUUGUUAGCUCUGGCUCCCUUUCUGAAUCCCUGUGGUCAAUAAGAGGCUUGAGAAUAUGGGUAAUGCUAGUGUCUAGUCCUCAACUUGGGAUCCUGUGUAGUCCUAGCAGCCAGAAGCAUGGACCCAGGCUCUGAGCCUUGUGAAUGUGCUGUCAUGUAUUUAGCCUGCCUACAUCCUGAGGGCUUUUGUGCUAUUUUCAGCCCCUGUGUUUAGUAUUGGUCUUAUCUUCUAGAAGACAGUGCCAAACUCCCCACCAAAGAGGUUAUCUUAAUUCCCACCCUUACUGUUUGCAUGACUCCAUUCUGGAAGGUAUCUGAGUGAUCAAGACUGUCUAUGGGCCCUCUCCAGUUCCUGACCUCUCUGUGUGUCUCACAGGCCUGAGUGCCAGGCAUGGACAGGGAUGCUGCUCCUGGGCACCUGCCUGCUGUACUGCGCUCGAGUCACCAUGCCCGUCUGCACUGUUGCCAUGAGCCAGGACUUCGGCUGGAACAAGAAGGAGGCUGCAUUGGAGGUGAGAAGGUCAUCCUGCUGUCAGCCUCCACCUGGGGCUUCAUUACUGUCGUCACACCACUGCUUGCCCACCUUGGCAGUGGCCACCUGGCCUUCAUGACAUUCUCUCGAAUCCUUACGGGUCUGCUCCAAGGUGUUUACUUCCCAGCCCUGACCAGUCUGCUGUCCCAGAGAGUUCAGGAGAGUGAAAGGGCCUUUACCUACAGCACUGUGGGUGCCGGCUCCCAGUUCGGGACCCUGGUGACUGGGGGCGUAGGCUCGGUGCUCCUGGACUGGUGUGGCUGGCAGAGUGUCUUCUACUUCUCCGGUGGUCUCACCUUGCUCUGGGUGUACUACGUGUACAGGUACCUGCUGAAUGAGAAAGACCUUGUUCUGGCCCUGGGUGUUCUGGCACAAGGCCUGCCUAUGGCCAGGCCCUCCAAAGUGCCCUGGAGACAACUCUUCCGGAAGCCCUCUGUCUGGGCGGCAAUCUGCUCCCAGCUGUCCUCGGCUUGCUCCUUCUUCAUUCUGCUCUCCUGGCUGCCCACCUUCUUCAAGGAGACCUUCCCCCACUCCAAGGGCUGGGUCUUCAAUGUGGUGCCCUGGCUGCUGGCAAUUCCUGCCAGUCUGUUCAGUGGCUUCCUCUCUGAUCGCCUCAUCAGUCAGGGUUACAGAGUCAUCACAGUGCGUAAGUUCAUGCAGGUGAUGGGCCUUGGUCUAUCAAGCAUUUUUGCCUUGUGUCUGGGUCACACCACAAGCUUCCUUAAGGCUGUUAUCUUUGCAUCAGCUUCCGUUAGUUUCCAGACCUUCAACCACAGUGGUAUUUCAGUCAAUAUUCAGGACCUGGCCCCAUCCUGUGCUGGUUUUCUGUUUGGUGUGGCCAACACUGCAGGGGCCUUGGCAGGUGUGAUAGGCGUGUGUCUGGGUGGCUACCUGAUUGAGGCCACUGGCUCCUGGACGUGUGUUUUCAACUUGGUGGCCAUCAUCAGCAACCUGGGACUGGGCACCUUUCUGGUGUUUGGGAAGGCCCAGAGGGUGGACCUGACCCCUACUCACGAGGACCUCUAGCUCCCUGACUAUCCACUCCCACCCAGGACCCUGAUGUCAGCAGCCUAAGGACAGCAGUUCUGUUGGUGAAACUCUGAAUCUGCAUCUCAGAUGUAUGAGCAGACAACAAAGACCAUGGUCUCCUGGGGAAUCCUAAAGAACUGGAGAGAUAGGUGGAGACAGACACAUGAACCCACCCAGGCCCGUGUCAGGAGUAGGGUCACGGCCUCUCUGAGCUAGUCCCCAUCUGCCAGUGAGGACCAUCCUGCCCUCCUCUCAGAUGCAGUAGGACUGCUGCCUGCUUUCAUGAAAGCUGCACUACUGAUGGAAGUCGUUCCCAGCUCCAGUCCACGUGGGUGGUUUCUCUGAUAAGUUUUCUCUGUGUUGAAGAUGUUUUGUAUGCUGGAAGAUGUUCAGGAGCAGCUCUGACCCCCACCUACUCCAGGCAUCUUCCAACCUCCAUCUCUCCAGUAGUGAUUACCUGUCUAUUGACAUUCAGCCAUGUACUCAUGAUAAGACAGGCCCACAAGAACCACAGUGCUAGAGAAGCCAUGGUUUCUGCCUCUCCCCAGAAGUCAGGCUGCCACUCUAGCUGGACCAGUGUGCAGUGGGCUAGAGGUCCUUGCUUGCCUCUGCAGUCCCUCCACAGCUCCCCCCCCCCCCCCCCCCCGUUCCCUUCCUGUGGAUCCCUCAGCACUACUGAUGUGCCCUGGGUAGGUAGGUGCCUGACUCUCCUUGGGCUCUGGACACUCCAGCUGUCACAGACCCCAGAACUCAGUGAAACUUUCUCCACUUUUUGGCCUUGUUUUUCUACCUCCCCUUUUAUACUUGUGGAGCUGGUGGUUUGAUGAACUGAUGGUGAAUUCUCCAAGAUGUCUGUUUAUAUAGAGAUUAUCUUUAUAUAUGGUGAAUCUCACCAAAGCCUUAUUUAAGUGAAAACUAUUAAACCAUUUCAAAGAAGAUUGUUAUUUUAUUUACCACCUUUUGUUGCAUUGACCUUUUACGGGGGAGACAAACAAACUUCUAUUCACCCAUAGUAAGAUCACUGAUCACACACAAAAAAUGAUUCUACAUAGCCAGGCACAGUGACACACACCAUUAAUCCUAGCACUUGGGAGACUGGUGAAUCUCUCUAUGAGUUGGAGGCCAGCCUGGUCUACAUAGUGAGUUUCAGGACAGCCUGGUCUACAUAGUGAGUUUCAGGACAGCCAGGACUAUGUAGAGAGACCCUGUCUCAAAACAAAACACAAACAAAAAAUGGUUCCAC